AUGAGUGGCCGAGGCGUGGCAGACGCGGCGGUGACGGACUCGGGCGAGCUCGUUGAGGCCCUCCUACACGUCUUCCGCCCGCUGCUUCGGUGCGUGGCAGAUGCUUUGAUAAACGCCACGGCCGUGACGUCACCGGAAGUGGUGGCAAGGGUCGGUGUGGCUGAUGGGGGUCCACAAGGCACCAUCUUAUUGUUGCCGGAGGGGGAGACGGGCGCUAAAACGGCAGUCGCGCCGGCCCCAAGCCCCCAAGACGCUGCCGGCGCUCAGCUCAGCACGGCAACUGCGUCUCCCAUGCUGUCGGAGGGUGCCACCGGCACCUUCUCCCCGGUUGCACCCGCCCCUGCAAUGGGCUCAUCACCGCCGCCGGCUGACACGACAGCCGUCUUGUGUGUGGCAGAAGAGGACGAGGCCGGAGACUACGGUCACGAAGGGGGUAACGAGCGAACAGCAGCGGCACGGCGACUACCCACGGCGCUGGUUCAAGACACGCUCAGCGCCCUACAAGACGCAUCCGAUGUUGAGAACCGCGAUGGCGGAGAUGGGGUCCAGAGCGACGCGGCCACGGCGGUAACGGCGGCGCUAUGCUGUCCCGCCCAGAAGGAGAGCGUCGUGGCUUGCCCCUCAUCAUCUACGUUGUCCCUGCUCAACUCCACUUCACCGUCCUCGGCUUUCGUGUCUGUCAACUCCGAUGAGGCACCUGCGACGACGCCGCGCAAGCGCGGCCGACCACCGCUGUCGCGCGCGGUGGCCGCCCGCUUGAAGAAAGAAGAUCCCGCGGAAACAUUCGAAGAACUUCUUCCUCGCGCUGCCACACCGCCGCUUCACGCCGCUCGCCCGUUCUGCUUCACAGUGCCGAAUGCGGUGCUGUGGGAGGCGGUGGCGGGGUUGGCCGAGGCGGUGCUGAUCGGCGGGGCGUGCUUCAGCUGGCUUCAGGGUGAAGUGCAGAGACGCACAGAUGCCGAGCAGCAGGACGGUGACAGGCAGCGGGGUGCGAAGACGUUGUCGUUGCCGUCCCCGGCGCGCGUGCUCGCAGACGCGCUUCUGGGCUUUGGCCGCCCCUCCGUCGCAGUUGCCCACAUGCGAUGGCGCGAGCUCACCGUGAGGGGUAAUGACCGGCUCAGCCCCGCAGGCAACGGCUCCCACGAGCCCAGCGUGGAAAGAAAUGAUGAAUGUAGUGUCUUCGGCGCUUUUCCUGCUGAGGUGCAAGACGCCGUCUUCACCGCCGUCUCGGCGGCUCUCAUGCGCGUCGCCGCCGUCCACACGGCGCAGCUGCUCAGUCCCUUGUGCGCAGCUACCCCCGGUGACGCGAGAGGUACCCAGGCGGGAGGCGCGACAGUGGGGCAGCAACAGGACGUGCCGGCCCCGGCACAACGUCACGGCGAUUUUCCAUCCUUUGCGACGCCACCGAGAGCCACAGCACACGUCGCGCCCUUUGGUGGCUCUUCUGCGACUCCACCGCACCUGCAGGCCAACUGUGGCCGCCGUGCGGCGUCCGCUCCUUUUUUUCAUUGGCGGCAGUGGGCUGAAAGUGGUUUGGCAGCAGAGGCGGAGGCGUUCACCAAUACGGCUGGUGACCCGCUAACGUUCAGGAUGGUGCAAGAGAGGGUCAAGCAUCACAAUCGGCGCACACUGCAGGCUCAGCAGUUGCAGCCGCCACGGCCAGCAGCGAUGUCAGCGACUCUGUCUCGCUCGCCAGCUUCCGUGCCCUCUGCCAGUGCUGCUGCCGUCGCCCCACGCGCGAGCGGUCCGCGUGGGGAUGCCUUCUUGGCGACGGCAACAGCAGGUGCGCCGUUCGCCACCGCUGCGGCUGGGCAGCCGCCAUCGCGCAUGGCAGAAUCACCACUUGCGCUACUGAUGCGGCGGGCGGAGGCGCAGGACCACAGCUGCUUCUACGUGCAGGUAAGCACCGGUGACCGUGAUGGUGCCACGCGCACUGAGGCCACUGGGGCACCGACCGGCAACACUGCCGUGCGCGCCAGGGAGUUUACCGUGCAGGUCUUGUGCUCCGCACUGGCGUCUGCCAUGACGGAUGAGGCCGCAGUUGCGACGUUGCAUGACAGCGCAGCCACGGAGGCGACUCACUUGGGGGACGAUGCUGCUGCUGACAGUGGUGGCGCCACUGUUUGCGCAUGCGAGGCGAAGCAUGAGCAGGGCGGCAACCCACAUUGGCUUGCUGGAGACGCGCGUAGCUGCCUUGUGCGGCAGUGGUGCGCUGGGCUGGAGCAGCUUGCCUGCAUCACCUCCUCGAUGUCAACCUGGAGCAGCACGUCGGGGCGCACUGCGCAGUGUGCGAGGCACUCGAACUUUGAAGUGCCUGCUGCAGCUCUCUUCGCGUAUUUGCGCGACUCCGCGGUUAACCCUCAGCUGGAGUUGCUGGCCGGCUACGCGCUGGAGACGGGCAGAGCGACGUCAGCGUCGUCAAGGGCCCCUCAUCCUGCUACGAGAGAGAUCCAUGGCGGCUACGCGCCAACCGCUGUCGCGGCAGCGGCGACGGCUCGCACGGCCGUCCACCAAUCGCCGUGGACGACGGCACGAUGGAGUGUGCGGCCUGUGGUUGACAUGGGGGAGGUAGACUGCGCGGCGGACCGAUUCAAAAGGUCGGGGGAGCACCAUCGAACUCAUGCCCGGCGUGUGACGGCGUUGUUGUCAUCGCUUGCGACAGACAGCGCCGUUGAUGCGUAUCCGCCGACCAGGUCAACGCCAUCUGCUCUGAUAGGCGCAGACUCGCCUCAGGAGGAGCGACCGAAGCGACAGAAGACCCAUGCAGGCCAGGCGGCAUCUGCAUCGCCUCGCUUGCCGCCGGCGGUGGAGUGGCUCUGGCUCUCAGACGAACACAGCCAUCCUUCGCACUCAGACCAGGCAGAGGACAGACACAGGGCGCCGCCGUCUGUGCGGCAGUCGACGACGCAGGUGGUGGAGAGAUCCACCGCGGCACUCUUCCAGCGUGUCCUCGCGCCAAUGGUUGCAGGCGAGCAAGAGGAUGCCCAUAUUUCUGCCGACGUUGUGAACCCGCUGGAGGAGGUCGGGGCGGUGCUUGCUACACUUGACGCCGUCUGCGCUGGCCGCACGCUCGUGGAUAGGACGGCAUGGCGUUAUGGACGGAACCGCAUGAACGUCGCGGCGGUUUCCAUCAUUGACCUGGCGGUUUCAGAGAGCAACAAUGGGGGCAGCGCUGGGCAAGGCAGUGAUGAUGUCGGGAAGGACCGAGGUAGCCUCGAUAGCGCGCACGAUUCGCCUCGAGGGUCCUCUGUUGAGAGGGCGGCUCUGCAGUCUACAGAGGAGACACCCUCCACCGCACCAGUCCCGGCGUGCCGCGCUCGGCUGCCCUUGGGUUUGUACCACCACGAAUGCGGAGUACUCCAUGUAGUAGAUGGUGCCACUUAUGCGCUGGAGGUCGACUAG